AUGAUGCUGAUUGUCAGCGCACAAGUCCAGGCGGCACCCACGGAGAGAGAUCUAGCGAAAGCUCGGAAUCCUCUCCCUGCUCUUAUUCAUUUAUCGGCAGCCCCGAGGUCUUCGGCCUUGGCUCAGAGCGACCUCCUCCAACGCCGUCUUCCCGACGACAGAGCGACCGGACGGGUUGAUGGACCUACCUUGGGGACGUUCGCCGCCGGAGGCAGGCGCUGGGCGUCUGGGACCGCUGCCUCUGAGAAGCGAGUCCAGAUGCUGAAGAUGAUCUCGGUGUUGGAGGGGAUGCAGCGGACAUUCAACAGCACGCUGAACGCAAGAAUCGCCUUCCUGCCGCGAGCAAGUGCCAGAAAUUCAGGCCGCAAAAAUAAAAUGGCUGCGGCAACGUCCACCACGGGCCCGCCGCCACCUGCCAACAGCACCGCGUCCGGAGCCAGCGCCGGCGUCCUGGUGCCCAGCCAUACUGGCCGCAACCCCCGCAAGUCACUCCCGCCGCAGUCCAAGAAGACCAACAAAAGAGUGUGUUUCUGGAAGUACUGCUCCCAGAACUGAGUUUGCAGCCCCUCAGCACCCCGCCCCCCUGCUCCCCCAUUUGUGGAACUCACUUUGCUCUCUUUGACAAUCUCCAUCCAUCCAUCCAACGGAUCAAUCAUGGCCCUUUUGCUUUGACCUGUUGCAGGGAUGGGCAACUGGCAGCCCUCGGACAACUGGUGGCUCCAAGAGGACACCUGGAGCGGCCCAUCAAUCAAAAAAUUAACUUUAGGGAUUUUUUUUUGGGGGGGGGGGUUGUUAGUAUUUUAAUCGGCAUACAGAAAAUGUGCCUAGUCCCCACACUUGAAGGGGUUCAUAAAUUAACCAAUUACCAAUUUUUAUUUAUUUAUUUAUUUUAAACACAUGGUAGAAGAAACGUGAUCAGUGCUCACAUUUGGAGUGGCCCCCGUAAAUUAAUUUUUAUUUCAAUUAUAAACUACUUUCCUCUAUAGUAACAGACGUUUUUAGUUGUAAUAAAGGCAGUCACCACUAGAUAGCAGACAACGCUACCUGCAGCACCAAAUGUUCUCCACCAGAGAAGAAGAGUGGUGACGCCAUGAUGAAAAUCAGCUGCUAGCGAGAGGAAAGAUGCAAUGGCGGCAAGGGAAAACUUGACCGGGAAAAUUGUGCCGCCGUGGGUUCCCCGCCAUCAUUUGAGUUGCCCAUCCCUGUCCAUGUGCCCUUAAAAGAAAAAAAAAAACCUUGACCUAAAAUUUGUAAUGAACUGUUAAUCUGCGUCCAUCUUGCCCAGCAGUUUCCGUAUCAUUCCUGUAGACUCGUGUUUGACCUCUGCGUGCUUGGCAACUGUUGCUCAGACAUCAGGAGGCGCCAAGCGGUCCCGCGCAGACCUUUUCAGCCAACUCGUUAAUUAACAAAAGUGACCGAUCAAAGAAGACGAUGUGUGCUCAGGGCUGAGCGCAUGAAAAAAAAAAUCCCUGUUUAAUA